AACCACAGCAGCCAUCGGGGGAACCGAGGAGGAGAAAAGAGGGCGAGCGAGCGAGAGAGGGAGAGAUAAAAGGCGAGGGAAGGGAAGGGAAGGGAAGGCUACAGCAGCGGAGACAGAGGGUGGGAGAUACCAUACCACCAGCGGGCAGCGCGACAGCGAGCCAGGCCCGGCGCUCGGAAAGUGCGGAGCCGUUUCCCCUCCACCUCCACUCUCUCCAGGGCCAGCGAGGCCACCCACCCCAGCCAGGUGCUGGUGCUCCUGCUCUACCUCGCUGCGCUGCCCGCCACCCACCCACCGCCUACGUACGCGCGGGCGCUCGCCAUGUCGUCUCCCGCCGGCGGGUACGGCGGCGCCGAGGCCCACCACCACGGCCACAUGCUGCUUCACAGCCAUGCACACCACAUGGCGGCCGCCGCCGCCGCGUCGGGCGGGCAGCUCUACCACGUGCCGCAGCACAGCCGCCGCGAGAAGCUCCGGUUCCCGCCGGACGCCGCCGCGGAGGACUCACCGCCGACCCCCCUCGCCCCGCACCACCAGCACCACCAGGCCGGGGCGUGGCCUCCCCCGGCCUUCUACUCCUACGCGUCCUCCUCCUCCUCCUACUCACCGCACAGCCCCACGGUGCCGCAGGGCCAGCAGCUGGUGCUCAACGGGCUCACCGCCCAGCAGGUCACCGCGCAGCAGUUCCCGCACAUCCCCACGCACAACUUCUCGCUCUCCCUCUCCUCCGCCUCGUCCAAUCCCGCCACGGCGCCCCCGACGCCCAGGAAGCAGCAGGAGCCGGGAGGCGCCGGGCCGUGCGGUCCCUUCACCGGCUACGCCUCGGUGCUCGGGCGAUCCAAGUUCCUCGUCCCGGCGCAGAGGCUGCUGGAGGAGAUCUGCGACGUGGGAGGCGCGGCCGCGCACGCCGACCGCAGCCUCCCGGACGAGGGCCUGCUCGACGCAGACACGAUGGACGUCGCCGACGACGAGCUGGACGCCGCAGGCCCCAUGUACGGCGCCGAGCAGCAGUGGAAGAAGACGAGGCUCAUCUCCAUGAUGGAAGAGGUGUGCAAGAGGUACCGGCAGUACUACCAGCAGGUCCAAUCCGCGAUCGCCUCGUUCGAGACGGUCGCCGGGUUCAGCAACGCAGCCCCGUUCACGGCGUUGGCCCUGAGGGUGAUGGCCAAGCACUUCAAGACCAUCAAGGAGAUGAUACUGAGCCAGCUGCGCAACACCAGCAAGAUGCCGGUCAAGGGGUCGUCCAUGAGCAAGGACAUCACCAUCUUCGGCCUCGGCGGCGGCGGCGGCGCCCCCGUCGGCGGCUUCCAGAGAGGGAGCAGCGUGAACGGCUUCGGCCAGCCGCACAACAUCUGGCGCCCCCAGAGGGGCCUCCCCGAGCGCUCCGUCACCGUCCUCCGGGCUUGGCUCUUCGAGCACUUCCUGCACCCGUAUCCUACCGAUGGCGACAAGCAAAUGCUGGCCAAGCAAACUGGUUUAACAAGGAAUCAGGUGUCGAACUGGUUCAUCAACGCGAGGGUGAGGCUCUGGAAGCCAAUGGUGGAGGAGAUCCACAACCUGGAGAUGAGGCAGGUGCACAAGCAGUCACCGCACGACAAUGGCAGCCAGCACGGCGUCCACGGCCAUGCUCACCAGCCAUCGUCACAGCAGCAGCAGCAGCAGCGCAGCGGCAAGCGCUCCGAGCCCUGCGACUCGCACCUCGGCCAGUGCAGCGGCGUCACCAGGAACCACCACCACCACAGCAACCCUGCGGCCUCCUCCCAUGGUGGCGGCUUCCCGGACGACCUCUCCCAGAUGUCCCACUCCAUGCAGCAGGGCCAGGUGACCUUCGCCGGCUACGGCGCGCUGCCCUCCCAGUCCCAGCAGCACCAGCACCAGCACCAGCACAGCAGCAUGGCGUCGCCGCAGCACCCCCAUCAUCAGCAUCACGUCGGCGCCGCCGGGGCGGGUAACGGCGGCGGCGUGUCGCUCACCCUCGGCCUCCACCAGAACAACAGGGUCUGCUUCGGGGAGCCGCUGCCGGCCAACCUCGCGCACCGGUUCGGGCUGGAGGACGUCGUGAGCGACCCCUACGUGAUGGGCUCCUUCGGCGGCGGCCAGGACCGGCACUUCGCCAAGGAGAUCGGCGGCCACCUGCUCCACGAUUUCGUCGGGUGACCGAUGCUCAGCUCAGCUCAGCUCAGCUCGGCGCGCUCCACGCUGAUGCACAUUGUUGUAAUGUACGCACGCACUGCUGGUAAUCCUAGGCUGGUAUAUAAGUCGAUCAUCAAAAUCACUUGGCGGCUUGGCUUCACGAUCGGCAUGAAGAACACGGUCGAUUCCUUUGGAGGGCGGAUGAAACAUUGACAUGCCCUCACAUGUGUACUCCUACUAGAUCACCCAGGCAUGCAUGCCGUCCAACAUUCAAGCACCUUGUGGGCUACACAUAGCUUCAAAAUACCUUGUUCCAAAAGGUUUUAUAUGGUCUUCUGCCAUUUGUCCUAGAGCUUUUGGAUCAGCCUGUGGUAAUCAAUGAAAUGCAUGCAUGUGUUACCAUA